UUCUGACGCGCGUCCUCUCCACCGUCGCCGCUGCUUUUGCUCGUGUAGUCUGUACGGAGGUUGCGCGACGGUGGGAGAAAGUUUUCCCCGGAGAAACAUCAACAUUAGCGGUGCUGGAAACCACGAAGCCUCGGUUGUGGAUGUUCCAAGUGGAUGAAAGCCUUCGUUUGUCAUACCAGCCUCUCGGUUUUGCGGAUAUCAGAGCGCUGUCUUUUUCUUUCUCCGUAUCAAGAUUUGCUCAGCAUCAGUUGGGAUUUUUUUUUUUUUUAUGUCGCUCUUUUUGAUUUAAUCUUUAUUUGUGAUUAUUUUCUUUUAUCUGGGAUAUCACACUCCCCCCUUACUCCACUCGUCCUGCAAGACACAUUCAAAGCAUGGAAACGCCGAGGUAACAAGGGUGAAGUGUCCGCCGCCGGCCGAGAGAAGUUGAGCUCCGUGCUCAAGUUCAUCGGGGCCACUUCCUGAUGAUGACAGUAAACAUGGAUGACGGUCUCCAAAAUGGACUCCGACAGCCCAGGAAUUUACAAGAUGACGAAGAGGCACUCAACUCCAUCAUGAAGGACCUCGCUGCCCUGGGUUCCUGCUACACUCAGCACAACAGCCACAAGCCCAAGAGCAGAACUUUGCUGUACAAGCAGGAUUUAAGAGUCAAGCUGGAGCAUGAGAGAGAAAAACGGAUCAUUCCAUUCCAGAGGCCACUGAAGAUCAAGGAGCUCCUCCUAAAAGUGACCGAGGCCUUUGGUCAGCAGAUGGACAUGUUCUUCAUGGAGAAAGAGCUGCUGCUGCCACUCAAGAGCCAGGAGGACCUGGACCAGGCCGUGUUUUCUCUCGGCUCCAGCACGGUGACCAACGGUCUGCUCAGGAUAUUGCUGAAGACCCCCAAGAACAACCAUUACCUUCAGGUGAACAGCAGGGACAAGCAAAGCGAGAUGAGGUCGUCGCGGUCACUCGGGGAUCUGAAAGGCUCGCUGCUGAAGGGCUCGGAAAGGGUGCGCAAACACUCCACAGGUUCCCUCCACACAGGUCGGACAUCACCUCCCCCAGGGAGCGUCCCUGAGGAACAGCAGCAAAUUGCUCGCCAGGGCUCCUACACAAGUAUCCACAGUGAGGGAGAGUUCAUCCCCGAAAUGCAAGACCCCAAUAUGCUGGAUCCCUUCGGGAGUGCCGGCAACUCGCUGUCGAGCAGCUGUCAAUCCAUCGACCAAGCCCUUGACAGCCCGCCUUUCUCGCAGAACAACCGUGACAACAAUUACCUGAACCUCAGCUACGAAUACAAAGGUCGCCAUGGGAAAGGCGGGACUUUUCCUCGCCAGUUCCAGUUACCCAAUCGGAGCAAAGACUACGGCGAUCGUCGCAGGACACUUCCUCGCAGCUUCAUGCCUCAGGAAAACCUGUUCCAGCUGGUUCCCUCCAGCCGCACCCGCAGCUACAACAGCGACGGCGGCGGCGGCCUCCAGUACGGAGAGUUGAGGAGUCUCGGUCGCAACGCAGACAAGAGCUGCCAGCGCGGCACGGCCAAGUCCCCGCGAGCGCCAGUCAACUGGCGGCAGGGAAAGCUGCUGGGACGCGGCGCAUUUGGGGAAGUCUACCUGUGCUAUGACGCUGACACGGGCCGCGAGCUGGCUGCCAAGCAGGUGCCCUUUGACCCUGACUGUCAGGAAACUAGUAAGGAGGUGAACGCUCUGGAGUGCGAGAUCCAGCUGCUGAAGAACCUGCGUCACGACAGAAUCGUGCAGUACUACGGCUGCCUGCGGGACAUGGAGCAGAGGAAGCUCACCAUUUUCGUGGAGUUCAUGCCCGGGGGUUCGAUAAAGGACCAGCUGAAGGCCUACGGGGCUUUGACGGAGAAAGUGACGAGGAGGUACAGCCGGCAGAUCCUGCAAGGCGUUUCCUACCUGCACAGCAACAUGAUCGUUCACAGAGACAUCAAAGGUGCCAACAUCCUGAGGGAUUCCUCCGGUAACGUGAAGCUGGGAGACUUCGGGGCCAGCAAACGUAUCCAGACCAUCUGCAUGUCCGGCACGGGCAUCAAAUCUGUCACCGGCACACCCUACUGGAUGAGCCCGGAAGUCAUCAACGGCGAGGGAUACGGACGCAAGGCCGACGUCUGGAGUGUGGCGUGCACCGUGGUUGAGAUGCUGACCCAGAAACCCCCUUGGGCUGAGUAUGAGGCCAUGGCGGCCAUCUUCAAGAUCGCCACGCAACCCACCAAACCCGCGCUGCCAGAGUGCGUGUCCGACGCCUGCCGGGACUUCCUGCGCCAGGUCUUUGUCGAGGAGAAGUGGCGGCCCACCGCCGACAUCCUGCUCGGACACCCGUUCGUCCAGGGGGCCUUCGGCCCCAAAUGACCUGGCGCCCUGACCACCAACCAAGAGUGAGCACUUAGCGGCAGAGAGCUUUUUGGGGUCACUGUGCUAUCUUAUCUUAGCGGCAGAGCAGCUGUGAUUGGCUGUGGUAUGCGUACUGUAAACGCCACAUGUUCGCCUCUGUUAGCAGGCGAUAUUUUUAUACGACAACGUCCUGUUUUUCGUCAUAGAAGCCUUACGAUAAAACUGGAGCCUCGCCUAUAUCAUGAAAUGGCUGCGUCGGAGCUGCAACAUGGCAUAUAAACAAAAGUGAGAUCAUCCGGAUUGGUUUCCACAGCCUGUUGUUGGCAUUGGCGGAGUAAAUUCCUGACAGCACUAUUGCCAAUCUCCCGGUAUUGUGAGUUUCCUAAUACUGUAUCAAGAUACGGCAAUUGUGCGCUAAUCACUAUAUUUGAAAAAAUUCAUAGCCUAUAAAAAAAAUGUCAGCGUGACGUCAGACAGCGACAAUAUUGAUUCUUGUUUCGUAUCGAUAAUGUACGGCAAGACUUGAAGGCAAAGUCACCAGUGGAUCAGUAUUGAUAAGUUGUGCAGAAAUUUCCAAUUGCGUAAUACUAUCUUAGAAUACGGUGAUUGCGUGAAUAUUUUUUAUACAUCUUGGAUCAAUAUUUAUGUCAUUGCAACAUAAAGUCGUAUCAAGAUACUGCCUCACCAAAUAGGAGCUGAUGUUUAUCAAUCUAUUGGCUGGCUUCACAAUGUGUUAAAAAAGUGAAUGGAGGAAGUUGUUUAUGUCAGACGACUAAUAUUUGUUCAGAUCUAACGAUAAGAUAUAGUUAUUUUGUCCCACACUUUACUUGAUGGACUGCGACAAUAUCUUUGAAAAGCACUGCUGUUGUCCAAAUGAAGCUCCUUAACUCACCUCAAAGAUAGUAGCCAACACAACUCAAAUGAAGCUCCUCAACUGAAUAGCCAAAUUGCGCAACACUUGUCAGUAUUGGUAUCAAUUAGAUUUUCUCUGUUCGUGAUAUGCUAUCAUGAUAACUUGCAGUGGCUGCAUCAGAGCCGUAACAGCAGAUGGUAUUUAUUCGCCAGUGCCUUUUUAUACACAACUGAGAAAACAGGCCAGGAGAACCUUUACACUCUUUCUGCCUUUUCUGGCAUUCCUGUACCACAUGGCCACCGUCCUGCUUUUGUUACGGCUCUGAUAUUUAUCUCUGACACAAAUCUCACAAACAUCUCUGCCGUCAAAGAACAUUUUUCCCGCUGGUGCCUUCAACACAGAACCCAGUGCAUAUUGCCGGCACAGCUCCGGCAUCAACACAACACAACAGAACUUCUACCAGCCAAACGGUGAUUUGCACUCGGAAGGCGGAAAAUGUCUUUAUUUUAUUGUUUGCUUUUAAACAUACUGGAGGGAGGGGUCAGCCUGCUCUCACCGUUAGGAUUGUACAUUGCACUUUUUGAUCUCUUUUUACCUGACACGCCAGAUAUUUUUCUACUUUUUUAAUACACACGAGCAUUUCCCACUCAAAGCAAUACCGCUGACUCCUCCAGUUCGGAGUACCCUCACAUCCAUUCCAGUCUGUUGACAUGUGGCCAAAGAGAAUGUUGAGCACAUUCAAGUGUUGCUGUUGUUUAUUGACAGCCCCUUUACUUUUACAGUAUUCUUUUUUGUCCCCCCCCCCCCCUCCCCAUAACCUCGUUCUACAUUGAUGGCAGCUUCCUAAUCUGAUGCAGUCUGAUUUCAAUCACGCCAUUGCCUUUACUUUGCUUUCCACACUGUAAAUGAAGAAGCAAAUGACCAAAAAGGGGUCUGUGUGGCACUUUUGAAAAGGAACGAUCAAAUGUUUUUAUUUCACCCUCGUCUGUGCCUUCUAUAUAAAAUAUACACUGUGUAUAUAAAAUCUGUAAAUACAUAUUGUUCCAAUGUUAUGCACUUUUGUAUGACAUUUUAAAUACCCAACAAGAACAUAAGCUGUGUUCCACAGUACGUAGAUUGUAAUGUGAUUUAGAUCAGGGUUUGGAUGAUUGUCUCUUUCCGGGGCUUUGGAUCAUGACACACUUUUCUUUUUGUCUGAAUGACAAAGCCUACAAAAAAAAAAAAAACCAUGUAUCACAUCAUUCAACUUUUGUACAUUUAACUUAAUAAAUCAAAUGUUCAAGUCAA